CUUACCAGUGAUUCCUUAGUGAUUUCUGAUUGCACGUUUCAAGUGUAUUUAUGGUAAUAGAUGCUUCACUUGAUUAAGGUCAGUUUGGGUUGUUUGUGCAAAGCGAUGGCAGGUCUUUGACUGUGUUGUUGGAGUUGGUGGACGUUUUAUUACUUCUCUGCACCCCGCUGAUUACUUCUCACAUCUGACUCUCAACAAUGAUCGCUGAAGGUCACGUUUCACCGCGACGCACUUGUCCAAGUAUUGUGCAUCUUUUCUUUAGCGACCGUGAUUUGAUUUACAGAUAACUUUUAAAUCUUAUCCAAGCAAACCGAGACUGAAACAAAGCAGGAAUGAUAUUUACUCAUGUGUUUUGACCGGUAGACUAGUUUUAGUCCACUUUACAGGCGAGAGAAACCGGACUAUGAGUUGGUUAAAACUUUGCUGUGCGCUCCUGCGGAUGAUCCAGUGAAAAGUGUCAAAUCAUAUGUAGUGUAAUCGUGCCAGCCUGAAGAUGUUAGGAAGUCCAUCAAAUAACGGCGGCAUCAGGAUGCUGGUGCCCCCGGCUCCGAACGACGACAGGCGGGUAGAGUUUGUGGCUCUCACCGCUGUUCACACGGAGAGGAGCGAGCCGUCCACCCCGGAGCGCGGGCACCCGUGUCACCGCACGGGUCUGCUGGGCACCCCGCUGCCCGGGCCGCCUGGACCUCGGGCCAACUCUUCCGCUUCAAGCAAACGCUUCAGGAAGUUGCAAAACUGCCUGUACAACGUGCUGGAAAGACCAAGAGGAUGGGCAUUCAUCUACCAUGCGUUCAUUUUUCUGCUGGUGUUCAGCUGCUUGGUGUUGUCAGUGUUCUCCACCAUCCCCGACCACCAGAAGUUCGCCAACCAAGGCCUCUUCAUCCUGGAGUUUGUGAUGAUUGUGGUGUUUGGGUUGGAGUAUUUCAUCAGGAUCUGGGCGGCUGGCUGUUGCUGCAGAUACCGUGGAUGGCAGGGACGGCUGAGAUUUGCCAGGAAGCCCUUCUGUGUCAUAGACUUCAUAGUAUUUGUGGCAUCGUUGGCAGUGAUAGCAGCUGGGACGCAGGGCAACAUCUUCGCCACGUCAGCCCUGCGCAGCAUGCGCUUCCUGCAGAUCUUGCGAAUGGUUCGUAUGGACCGACGGGGAGGCACCUGGAAACUACUGGGCUCAGUGGUUUACGCUCACAGCAAGGAGUUGAUUACAGCGUGGUACAUAGGUUUCCUCGUCCUGAUCUUUGCCUCCUUCCUCGUCUACCUGGCAGAGAAAGACAUCAACUCAGACUUUAACACCUAUGCAGACUCCCUCUGGUGGGGGACUAUUACUCUAACUACUAUUGGCUAUGGUGACAAAACCCCUCGCACCUGGCAAGGACGUCUCCUAGCUGCCGGCUUUGCUCUUCUAGGAGUCUCUUUCUUUGCUCUGCCCGCCGGAAUUCUGGGGUCAGGCUUUGCCUUGAAGGUUCAAGAGCAGCAUCGGCAAAAGCACUUUGAGAAGAGGAGGAUGCCCGCUGCCAACCUGAUACAGGCUGCAUGGCGUCUCUACUCUACAGAUGCUAAACACUCCUAUCUGACUGCUACAUGGUACUUCUAUGACAGCAUGUUGCCAUCGUUCAGAGAACUGACGCUACUGUUCAGUCACCUCCAGCGACAGCGUAACACCAAGAAGGUUCUCCACAACUCCUACCUCACGCUGCUGUCUGGGCUGCGGCCCUACAGCUCCCCCUACCUGUCGGGGGACAGCAGUAAAAUGGGCUUUCGGGAUCGGAUCAGGAUGAACAAUUCCCGAUCGUCCCAAACCAUUAGGAACAAGGCGUCACCGCUGCCCCCGGGCUCCGGUGUCCGCCACUCUCCCAGCCAGGAAAACGUGCCUGAGCCCACCAGCCCAGGGAAAGUCCAGAAGAGCUGGAGCUUUAAUGACCGCACACGCUUUCGUACCUCCCUCCGCCUCAAACCACGUCCACCUGCUGAUGUGGAGGGGGUUGGAGAGGACAGUGUGGAAGACAAACCAUAUUGUGACGUGGCCAUGGAGGAGGUAAUCCCUGCAGUGAAGACACUCAUACGGGCUGUCAGGAUCUUAAAGUUCCUUGUGGCCAAAAGGAAGUUUAAGGAGACGCUGCGUCCGUACGAUGUGAAGGACGUCAUAGAGCAGUACUCCGCUGGACACCUGGAUAUGCUGGGCCGUAUCAAGAGCCUGCAGAUGCGGGUGGACCAGAUAAUUGGGCGAGGAGCCGUUCAGCCCGACAAGAAAGCGCGCCCUGAAAAGGGAGAGAAGACGCCGCCAGAACUGGACCCACUGGAUGAACUAAGCAUGAUGGGACGUGUAGUCAAGGUGGAAAAACAGGUACAGUCUAUAGAGAACAAGCUGGACCUCCUGCUCAACUUCUACUCCCAGUGCCUAAAGAAAGGCUCGUCCCACUUCACCCUGUCCUCCCUCCUGGACCCCGACCUGACGUCCGACUACCACAGCCCCACGGACCAAAGAGACCUCUUCCCCUCUGCUAACACGCUCAACAUCUCUGAGAGCGGCAACUUGGAAUGACAGUGAGCGGAGCAGUCUCACGGCUGUUCAAACACAGACACAAAACCCUUUACAGUACGUCUUCCUGUGGCUGAGUCCUCACUUCGAGCAGCCCGACCUUAACGUCAUCAAUCAUUUCAUAUCUGUUCGGGAUGAUCUUCUUACCCCUUUCCAUCUCAAAUCUGCACCCUCUCCUCUUUUUUCCUGAAGUGAAUGUGUUUCCAGAGCUGAUACAGACAGAGGCCACCAGAUGGCUCCCCCUGACAAGGAGCCUCAGCCAAAGCUGCUCACCGCACACGCCUCUCGACCCACUAGACGAGGAUGGAGAUGAAGAGAGGGCACAUGAACAUGUAUGACUUGACUACUGAACCACUUUCACAAACUCACCUCAUGCUAUACAUAUAUCUACGCUUCCUUUAAAGCUUCCAACUGUAGAUAAUCAGACUUUAAGCUUUGACUUUUUGUAAAUCUUUGGAGAAAUCUCGUCCCUUUUUUCCUCCCCUCGUCAUUUCUUUAUUUUCUUGGCUGCUUCAAUCAACUGACUGAGAGUUUGCUGACACAAGCAGUUGCUGCAAGUGCCAUGCCAGUCAUUUGUUCAGUACCUUAGGAUGGCUGUGAUGAAUGUAAUGGGUCCCACCUGCAAAUUUCACACCCUGACACAAAUAAUCUGCUCCCUCGGACCUCACCAAAACACCAAACCUCCACGGUACACCUUUGAGUUUUAAAUGUUUAAAUCCUGCUUAAAUUGCCCAAACAUGUCACAUGAAAACAGCUGGAAGAAUGCGCUGGAGUGAUUGUGUACCAUACAGUGUUUGUUUUCAUCUCCAUUCCCUCUUGGAUGUUCUAUCUCCAAUAAGCCCACUUGCAAAAAAAAGUCCCUGUUUGUCUGGCAUUGAAGUGAGGAAUAUCCCUAAUUAUUUAGGAUUAUUAGAGCCAAAAUGUCCUUUCACAGAUCCCUUCUUUGCAAUGUUUCAACUGUAUCUCCUAGUUCAGUAUUUCUGUUGUUUUUAACAUGCCCUUUAAACCUCUCUGUCUUGCAGCCCGCCCCCCGGACAUGCAUGUUACUGUAGAUAAAACCUCACUGAUCCUCAGUCAGAAUUUAGACACUGAUGUCACACUUUUCUGCACUGCUCCUCGUCACUCACGUCUAACCUCAGGUCAGGUUUACCGUGUCAGUAAUACUUCCACUUUUCUCACAGGAAGAUCGUUCUUACUCUAACACUCAUCGGGCAUGUGAUCUCGCAGUCAGCAGCUGCGGAGAUGAUGAAGACACUUUCUGGCCAGUUUUAAACCAUGAACAACCUGUAAGGCGUCCAGGUCUAACGCAUGAAUUCCAGGCCAUUAUCCUCAUGAAUGCACGUGUCUUAGGAAAUGGUUCCAGCCUUACAGCUUCACUACAAACAGACGGUGUGCAGUUUUGACACCUGCGGGUGUUACUGUGCACUCGUCUGUCUUUUCUGGUUCUUUCAUGGAGAUGUUUGAUGUGCAGUUAACGCUGUGUGUUUGUGGACAAAACUGGAGAGUGCUCAAAUGCACGCACACACACACACACACACACACACACACACACACACACACACACACACACAGAUAUAAUGAAAGCAAUUCCUUUACUUAAAUACUUUGGCACUUGAUAAAUAACACACCUUUUGUCUUUUUAUCUUUGUGUUUUGAUUUCUUUACUGUAAUUAAUGAUUCAUGCACUCGAUUUUGUGUAACCCACGAUGGCAAAAUUCUGUUUGUUUUUUUUUAAAUGAUUUUGGUUGUUAAAGUUGAAUGUAGGAUUUGAGUUAACAUAUUUAAUUCAAUUAGAUAUGAUCUUUGAAAUAAAUGUAGCAUUUUUGUGGAGUUAAAUCAUGUAUGACACAACUGUAACGAUACACACAGCCGAUCAGGUUCACGCUCACCACUCGCAGAGCUCAUAUGUAUAUUUUUUUAACGUCAUCAGAUAAUUGCUGCCAGCUUCGACUGAGAAAACAUUCACCAUGCUAUAUUUGGCCAGUGAAAAGAGUUUCCUUUUGUCCCUGCAUUUAUUUGUUCCAGUCAAACCAGUUGACUCAGGUGCUCCGCAUUUCCAUUCAAGCUAAGACUUCAAACAGUGAAUGUACUUCAGUGAUCAGCCUAUUUAUGAUCUGAUGCCAUGAGGAAUAAAAUGGCACGUCAGAGCUUGCUCUUGGUUUCAUACAAUUUUUUCAUGCAUUUCUUAGAGAAAUUACGUGUAGCUUUAUGUGUAGCCUAAACCACUGGUUCCCAACCUGAAGGUCCUGACCCCCACUAGGGGCCGCCAUAGCUACAACGGGGUGUAACAAGGCUUUCUUGAUUUUAAGGGGUGUCAGAAAACUUAUGUAUUGUCAAACAGAAGACUUAUAUCUUAGCAUUUUGUUCAUUUCUGUGAAGAAAACUAAUUAAAUUGUUAUAUUUCAAGUUGAGAUUAUCAUUCAAGAUUAAACUUAAAACACAGCAUAAAGAAAAUGAAGACUUGACCACAAGCUGAAUUCACAGAGCCUUCACUCGCUGCUAAAAGAGCAACAAUAAGGUAAAAACUUUAAUGUCACACACUGUCAGGGAUAAAUCAUGGACACCGCUGCCACCGCUGGUUAAGAAAAGCGAUAGCGGACAGAACAAAGGACGAUCUGUAGCGCUUAGUGCUACAUUUAGGGAGGCAAAACCUCUGCCUUGAUUGAAGCAUCUGAAACUCAACACGGAGGGGAUGUUGAGAGUCUGAGCUUUAGAGAUGACCCUCUCUACAUACAGAUGCUGGAGGUUAUUUAAAGUAACACCAGUGAGCUUACAGCACAACUUGACCACUUUUUCCAACAACCAAACCAUCAGACCAUGUUAAAAGAAAGAACAGACUCAAUAAAAGCAGAACAGAACAAUUUCAUGAUUGUCCCAUUUACAUCAAAACUCCUCAGCUUCCUUAAAAAGAAUAGGCGUUGGUUUGCCUUCUUACAGAUGCUGUCAGUGUUCACAUCAAAAGUCACCUUGUCAUCUAAGACAGUGCCUAAAUACCUCCGAAAAUCAAUGAACAUCUCACUGGUCUUAGAUGCAUUAAUGUGGAGGAAAGACUGGUCACACCAGUUAAAUAUUCAUCCAGUGCUGGGCCAUGAUCAUAUUCUGAUCCAUGAAAAAGGCUUACAAUAAGAGAGUCGUCUGCGUAUUUAAGGACAAAUCUUGAUGCGUGAUUACUCUGACAUUCAUGUGUGUACAAACAAAAUAAAAGAGGAGUAAGAACACAUCCCUGAGGGGAUCCAGUAGAAGAAAAACAUGGGAGAGAGAAGAGAGAAGAAGGGACGGCAGAGGAGAUACUCGCACACCAAUAUAACUGGGCUAGAAAGCCACAAAAAGCUCCACAGGCUGAGAUCAAUGCAAAAAUAGUCAGUUUAUUUUAGACAUUGUGCACAAAAUUUGGGUUAAUUGUACAGUUUAUCAGUUGUUUUGUACUGUAAUUGUUAUGUACUGAAUAUAAUCUAAAGUAUCCCUAAAAUAAGUCAGGGGUCGUCAUGACAGAAAGGGGUCCAUUAAGGAAAAAGGUUGGGAACCAUUGGCCUGAACUAUAGCAGAGCUGCCUACUUAUCAGAGGCAUUAUUAAACCGUCACUUCAUCGUCACCUGCAAUGUUGAGUUUUGUGAAAACGUGAGACCACUGUAUUGCAUGUUGUUGUUAGCAGUGGCCCCAGUAUUAUAAGAAAAAAAAAACCUUGAGGAUGUCUCCUGUAAAGUCUUGAGU